CUUUCCGGCGCCAUGCUAGCUGAGGGUUCUUCACUGAGGCUGAGGGAGGUUGCUGAGGGCGCCGUUGCCCGGAGCACGGAGGACGACAGAGGAGAGCUCGGCAGCUGCACCACGGACUGCCAGGAAACUUCAGGAAGUCCUAACUGAGCCGAGAAGACCCUGUUGUAUAGUAGGUGGCACUUUGAGUGUGGCCUUAAUACAGAGAAGUCCAAAGAAGAAGCAGUGUUGAUCUCCUGCCUGCCUUCACUUCUUGCUAGUGAGUGCAUCUGUCCCAUUGCUGCUGCUGCUACUGCUGCCGCCACUGCCACCAUCCUUCACUGACAUUGGAACCCAGCUUUUUGUACUUUCUGGUGUGGGCUGAAGACCAGAAGCUGUCCAGGUGUGCUCUGGGCCUGAGGCGCCAGAUUGAAGCUCUUGAGGCUUCUAGUCUUUGUGGAUGGAGCCUCUCUGUCAUGGAGACUGCCAUUAUUGGACUCUCCAGGCCAGAUCAGGACCUGGUGAGCUUUGAGGAUCUGGCUGUGCACUUCACCCAGGAAGAGUGGGAUUUGCUGGAUCCUUCCCAGAAGAGUCUCUAUGGAGAUGUGAUGCUGGAGACCUGCAGGAACUUCACUGCCAUCGGAUAUGAAUGGGAAGACCAGAAAAUUGAAGAACAUAAUGAAGAUCCUGAAAUAAAUCUAAGGCACGUCAUAUCUCACUCUGAAUAUACACAGUAUGUACAUGAAGACUAUGAACAGAAGCCACAGGACUCCAAUUUUCUUACAAGUAUUGAAGGAUACACGGAAACUCAGACUUCGAGUGGGCCUUCUGAGUGUGAGGUGUGUUUAAAAUCCUAUGGACUGUAUCAUCUAACUUAUAAUGGACAUCACAACUAUGACUACAAGGAGUGUGAAGGAAGUCAGACUGUUCGGAAAUGUUAUGAAUGUAACCAGUGUGGUAAAACCUUGAGUUCUUUCAAUUCUCUUCAAAGACAUCAGAAAAUUCAUAUUGAAGAAAGACCAUAUAAGUGUCAGCAGUGUAGUAAGGCCUUUAGAUGUCUCACUGCCCUUCAGUCACAUGAAAGAAUUCACACUGGAGAAAAACCUUACGAAUGUAAACACUGUGGUACAGCCUUUAGCAGACUUACUCACCUGCGAUUACAUGAAAAAGUUCAUACUGGAGAAAAACACUAUGAAUGUAAACAGUGUGAUAUAGUUUUCAAGUCUCAGAGUUCCUAUCAUAGACAUAAAAUAAUGCAUGGAGAAACAUUUUAUAAUUGUAAAGAGUGUGGUAAGUCCUUCAUUUACCCCUCUUUACUUCAAAUGCAUGAAAGAACGCACACAGGUGAAAAGCCCUUUGAGUGUAAGCUGUGUGGGAAAGCUUUUAGAUAUCAUUCUUCCAUACGGUUACAUGAAAGAACUCAUACGGGAGAAAAACCUUAUGAAUGUAAACAUUGUGGUAAAGCAUUUACACGUCAGAGUUACCUUCAGUUUCAUGAAAGAAGCCACACUGGAGAGAAACCCUAUGAAUGUAAAGAAUGUGGUAAAGCUUUUAGGCAUCACUCUUACCUCCGAUUACAUGAAAGAAGACAUACUGGAGAGAAACCGUACGAGUGUGUGCAGUGUGGCAGAUCCUUCAGCCGGCAGAGUUCCUUUAAGAGGCAUCAGUCCGUCCAUGCUGUGGAAAACCCCUAUAAAUGUCAACAAUACCUACUUCCUUUAUCCCUGUUUCCUUCAAAUGAAUGAAAGAACUAAAACUAGCACUAAACCUUCUGCAUGUGAACAAUGUGAUAAAAUGCUUAUCCUAAUUCACAUAAAAGACAUGUAAGAACUCAAAAUAGUGAUGAGCUCUUAAAAAAUGUAGUAUAGCCUUUGGGAUCACAGGACUAUAGUGCCCAUGAUAGUGUACCCUACGGGGUCACAGGGAUUAUAGAGCCCACCAUAGUGUACCCUACAGGUCACAGGGACUAUAGAGCCCACCAUAGUGUACCCUACAGGUCACAGGGACUAUAUUGCCCAUGAUAGUGUACCCUACAGGUCACAGGGACUAUAGAGCCCACCAUAGUGUACCCUACAGGGUCACAGGGACUAUAUUGCCCAUGAUAGUGUACCCUACAGGUCACAGGGACUAUAGAGCCCACCAUAGUGUACCCUACAGGUCACAGGGACUAUAGAGCCCACCAUAGUGUACCCUACAGGUCACAGGGACUAUAGAGCCCACCAUAGUGUACCCUACAGGUCACAGGGACUAUAGAGCCCACCAUAGUGUACCCUACAGGUCACAGGGACUAUAUUGCCCAUGAUAGUGUACCCUACAGGUCACAGGGACUAUAUUGCCCAUGAUAGUGUACCCUACAGGUCACAGGGACUAUAGAGCCCACCAUAGUGUACCCUACAGGUCACAGGGACUAUAGAGCCCACCAUAGUGUACCCUACAGGCCCCACCACCUUGAAGCAGUUACCAAAGAUGACAGCUUCAGCCUCCCAUCAGUUUGAUUCUCUCCAGAUGAUGUGUCUCAGGGAGGAGUAGUGCAGGAAGAAGGCCACAAAGGAAUGACUGUGAAGCACAGUGACUUAGCUCCAGAGCCUAACCAAGAAAUGCCAGCACUUGGACUUGGGGGACCAUCUUGAGGUUACAGAAACUCUUCCAGAAAACAUAGGAAAUCAUUCCCUAUAAUUACUAGAAGGUAGGUCUGCCCUUUUAAUAAACUGCAUUUUUAGUGAAAACCUAUGGAUUCAGAGUUCUUAAGCAGCCUGCUUGAGUCCACUCCUGUCCUGUGGAUGUAUUCUGUCCUGUCACUCUCAAGUUCAAUAAAUCUCUACAGACUCUCAAUGUUACUUCUGUGUGUCUUUCUCACUUCUUCUGAAAUAACCUGUGUAUCACAUCUUGGACACCUCCCCACCCCCUGGCAGAACAGAAGUGUGUUUGUAGUUAAUUUGAGGGCUUUUAAACAUAUUCAUCAUUUACUGUUUGAGAAUUUUGUACAUGCAUACAAUGUGUUUUGAUUAAAUCCUGUCUCCACUCUUAUCAUCUCUAAUAUCUCCCACGUGCCCCCCCCCCCUUUUCUGUUUUAACCCUGGCCUAGGACUCACUGUGUAGGAAGUUUGACUUUGGAUUUAACAGAGAUCCACUUGCUCUUGCCUCCCUAGUAUUGAGAUUAAA